UCUACAGUUGACUGGUAGAAAGGGAUGAGGUCCUCGGAAGAUAAUAAAACAACCCUAUGAAACCGGAAUAAAAGUUCACUCAAAAUGAGCUGGAUUCCCUUCAAGAUUGGACAACCAAAGAAGCAGAUUGUCUCUAAAACUGUUGAAAGAGACUUUGAGCGUGAAUAUGACAAACUCCAAAAGCUGGAGGAUCAGACAAAAAAGCUUCACAAGGACAUGAAGAAAAGCACUGAGGCUGAUUUAGCCAUGUCCAAAGCGGCGGUGAAGAUCUCUGCUGACCUGCUGAGUAACCCGCUGUGUGAGCAGGACCAGGCCUUCCUGGAGUCCAUGACUGCUUUAGAUACAGCCAUGAAAAGAAUGGAUUCCUUCAACCAGGAGAAGGUCAACCAGAUCCAGAAGACCGUUAUUGACCCUCUGAAAAAGUACAGUGGCGUCUUCCCCAGCCUCAACAUGGCAGUGAAACGUCGGGAACAGGCACUGCAGGACUACAAACGGCUGCAGUCCAAAGUGGAGAAGUAUGAAGAGAAAGAAAAAACCGGGCCCGUUAUGGUCAAACUACAUCAGGCCAGAGAAGAGCUCCGACCAGUCAGGGAAGACUUCGAGGCCAAAAACAAGCAGCUGCUGGAUGAGAUGCCCAAGUUCUACCACAGCCGCAUCGACUACUUCCAGCCCAGCUUUGAGGCUCUCAUCCGGGCGCAGGUGGUCUAUUUCACCGAAAUGUACAAGAUCUUCAGCGAGUUAACAGACCAGAUCGACCAGGCAGGGUUGACUGAUGAGCAGAGGGAGAGGGAGACCGAGGCCAAGCUCAGCGAGUUGCGUGCACUGUCCAUUGUCGCCGACGACUGAGGGAGGAAAGCCGAAAACCGGGAAGGGCUCCUUUCAUGCCUCUCUGAAUGGAUUGCACUCUUUUCAGGCUCCUCCGCGCAGUUCAAACGGACAGCAAUGGCCUUAACCUGAUUAUCAGUUUGUUUCCUUGCGGCCUCAUCACCCCCCCAUUCCUCUUGCACUAAACUCCCAUGUUUCAUUCUCUGUACAAAAACUCUCUGCAACUCAGAGCAGCUAAAAUGCCACAUUAACAAAGCCAUCAGCCAAGUGCAACAUUAUAAGCCAAUAUGUUUUUUUUUUGUUUUUUUUUUUUAGUAAAGGAAUCAAACAGCUCUCGUCAGAACUAAUUAACAAGGUUACACUUCUUGGUUUCAGUCUAUAAGCAUUUCUUUCUAAAGUAGGAAACGAGCAAGGAAAUGUUUUUAUUCAUUUCUGCUUUGUUACCUACAAACUGUGAAACAUCGUUUUUAUUGCCCGACUUUGAAAUUACAAACACUACAGAGUGAAUGUUAUGUAAGGUACUGUAGGUUAACGGCAAGAAAAUAUAUUUCUGUAUUCUGGCCUUUGUUGGUUAUCUCUAAGUUUAGCUCUGUGCCAUGGUGUGUGAGGGCUUUUGAUGGGGAUUUACAGGAUGCUACUGGUAACAUGACCUGUGCAUUAUCUGCCUACAUUGUCCUGACUGUGGAUGUAACAUGAAAACUAAGUUGUGUGAAGUGAGAUUGUGCCUGUGCAGCAGUGUUGAAACAUCGACCACUCGGGCUGCGGAGAAAACAAGUCGCCAUUGAAAUCAAAUUGCUGUCCAAAACAAAGGCUGGUGCUCCCUCUAGUGGGAAAUACCGAUCAUGACACACAAUUUCCUUUUAUUCACACCAUCCAUCCUUUGUUCUAUUGUUGGUGGUUCAGUUCAUCUGUUAGCAAAGAACCUCACACAUUGUUGGCAGUCUAGAGAAAGUCCUUUCUCUGUUCCCUGUUCACCAGGGUUGGAAGCCAAAUGUUUCUGGCUUUCCUUGAUUUUGGACCAAAUCAUACUGUCAUUGCACUCCUUUGUUUCCACCUUUAUCAUCAGGGACAGCUUCAGUAUGAUGACCAUGCUCUGGUUAAUGGGGCUAUAUGGUAACAUACACACACUGAUUGCUCCCAUAUCACAUAAGUGGAUUUUUGGUGAUGUCAUACCAAGAAGUUGACUAUUUAUUCUUCAACAGUCCUGUUUUGAUUGUGUAAUUAUUUCUUUGUGUCCUGCAACGUGUAACUGUUAGAGUUACAUGGAAAAAAAGUGUAUUAAUGAAGGUGUUUUUCUAAAUGAGUAAGUUGUAGUACAGGUUGAUUUUUUUUUUUUUUUUUUUUUUUUUUUUU